AUGGUGUCUGCAGCCGAUUCGCUGCUUGCGCGCGCGCGGUUCGACUCGGUGGCCAACAUCGAUCAGCGUGCGAGCGCGUUUGCCGCAUCGGGUGCACCCCUCGACUUGUACGGCAUCUACGGGGAGAUGGGCUUGAGGGCUAUCGCCGACGUCCUUCUGCUGCCAUCGGUACGUGAGCGCACGGGCCCCACGCGGCGCUUUGUCGAUUUCGGGUCCGGCUCCGGCCGGCUAAUCCUGGGCGUCGCUGCAAUGGCGGAGUGGGAGGCCUGCACUGGCAUCGAGGCGGUGACGGGCCUGCAUGCUAUCGCGUGCGAGUGCAUCGACAGUGCCGAGGCCAAUGAGGCCAUCCCUCCAGGGCUCGUGACGUCCGUGCUGGCGGAUGGGCUGCCGCACGUCGACUCGCCUGCGGUGAUGGCAGCAGCCGAUGUCUGCUUCAUGUACAGCACGGCGUUCCCGACCGCGGACGACGGGCUUCGACUGCCGGAAAUGAGCGCGUCGCUGGCAACCGUGAUGAAGGAGGGCAGUCUCGUCGUCACCACAGACACGCUCCUCGUCGGCCGCCGCUUCGCCUUCGACACACUCAAGCCUGUGAAGGGCGAAGAUGGCGACCGGCUCAACUGCUUCGUGUGGCGCGUCACUGGGGCGCCGGCGCCAUCGUACAACGACGCCUACGCCGAGGUGCAGGCGCAUUGGCUGGGAGACGACGCGCUGGCCGAGAACGACGCACUCUGCGAGGCGCUGGAGGCGGCGGCGUUUGCCGAGGUGGAAGAAUUACAGUGA